AUUUAUCUCCCUCAGAACCUCUACUCUUCUGUUUCUUUCACCCAUAAAAGAACUGGAAACUGGAGAACACAGAUUCCAUAAACCACUCCCUCUUUCUCGCUCCAUCUUCACAUGGCCGCCUCAGUUCACAAUCCCCAAUUUCCUCAUUUAGAUACUUUUUCUAACCUCCGCUCUGAUUCUUCAGUUCGUGGUUGCAACUUCCCCUCCAGUCCAGGUUUUACUAUACCCAACAAUCAUGUGGAAAUGGACGAUGAUGGAGAAUUCUCCAGUGACGACGACAACGAAUCUGAUUUCACCCAUUUGAUUCGAAAAGGGAUUAGCGAAUUGGAACCUUCAGUUUUAGACCCCAGAGAUUUCGGGACGGCGGAUUGUUGGAUUCACCGAAAUGAGUCCAUGGUUCGUCUUACGGGUAAACAUCCCUUCAACUCGGAGCCUCCGUUAUCUCGUUUGAUGCACCACGGGUUUAUCACUCCGGUCCCGCUCCAUUACGUUCGUAACCACGGUCCGGUACCCAAGGCUAAAUGGGAGGAUUGGACCGUUGAGGUUUGCGGUUUAGUGAAAAAACCAACCCGGUUCACAAUGGACCAACUCGUUAACGAUUUCCGCAGCCGUGAGUUUCCAGUCACACUCGUCUGCGCCGGUAACCGCCGUAAGGAGCAGAAUAUGGUUAAGAAAACCAUUGGAUUCAAUUGGGGUGCCGGUGGGACCUCCACGUCGGUCUGGCGAGGGAUCCCACUACGAGACGUUCUGAGGCGCUGUGGCAUCUUCAGCAGUAAAAAAGGAGCUCUCAAUGUGUGCUUUGAAGGAGCUGAAUGUCUGCCCGGCGGCGGUGGGUCCAAGUACGGUACUAGCGUCAGAAAGGAAAUAGUCAUGGACCCAGCUAGAGAUAUUAUUUUAGCCUAUAUGCAAAACGGCGACGUACUGACACCGGACCACGGCUUUCCGGUUCGGGUCAUCACUCCCGGCUUCAUCGGUGGACGGAUGGUGAAAUGGCUGAAACGCAUUAUCGUAACCACACAAGAAUCAGAUAGCUAUUACCAUUAUAGAGAUAACAAAGUCCUCCCUUCCCAUGUCGACGCAGAAUUGGCAAACGCGGAAGCUUGGUGGUACAAGCCGGAGUGUAUUAUUAGUGAGUUGAACAUAAACUCGGUGAUAACGACGCCAUGUCACGAGGAAAUCUUGCCAAUAAAUUCAUGGACGACACAGCGGCCGUACACGUUGCGGGGAUAUGCAUAUUCCGGAGGAGGAAAGAAAGUGACACGGGUGGAGGUGACUCUGGAUGGCGGCGAAUCGUGGCAACUGUGCGAUUUGAACCGUCCUGAAAAGGCUACAAAAUACGGCAAGUAUUGGUGUUGGUGUUUCUGGUCACUGGAGGUUGAGGUUCUUGAUUUGCUUGCUGCUAAGGAAAUUGCAGUCCGCGCCUGGGAUGAAACCUUCAACACUCAACCUGAAAAGCUCAUCUGGAAUCUCAUGGGAAUGAUGAACAAUUGCUGGUUUCGGGUGAAAUCCAACAUGUGCAAGCCACACAAAGGAGAGAUCGGAAUCGUUUUCGAACACCCAACUGUCCCCGGCAACCAAUCCGGCGGGUGGAUGGCUAAAGAGAAGCAUCUUGAGAUAUCAACAGAAACCAAUCAAACCAUGAAGAAGAGUUUGUCGUCUCCCUUCAUCAACACCGCCUCAAAGACAUACUCCAUGUCUGAUGUCAAAAAACACAACUCAGAUCAAUCCGCCUGGAUCGUCGUCCACGGCCAUGUUUACGACUGCACCCACUUCCUCAAAGACCAUCCCGGCGGCACUGACAGCAUUCUCAUCAAUGCCGGUACCGACUGCACCGAAGAAUUCGACGCCAUCCACUCCGACAAAGCCAAAAAAAUGCUAGAGGAAUACAGAAUUGGCGAGUUGAUCACCACCGGUUACACCUCGGAUUCAUCGCCUAACAACUCCAUCCAUGGGCCUUCUAACCAUAAUCUUAAUCUCCUCCCUCAUUUGGCUCCAAUAACAGAAACAAGGCGCGUGGCUCUAAUCGCGCGUGAGAAAAUCCCCUGCAAACUAAUCUCCAAAACGUCAAUCUCACACGACGUCAUACGGUUCAGAUUCGCGUUACCUUUAGAAGAUCAAAUCCUUGGAUUACCAGUUGGGAAACACAUAUUCCUGUGUGCAAACAUAGACGGUAAACUCUGUAUGAGGGCCUACACACCAACGAGCGGCAUCCAUCAAGUGGGCCAUUUCGACUUAGUGGUUAAAAUCUAUUUAAAAAACGUGCACCCAAAAUUCCCCAAUGGCGGACUCAUGUCGCAGCAUUUGGAGUCCUUGCCAAUUGGUUCCGAACUAGAAAUAAAAGGCCCAUUAGGCCACAUCGAAUACACCGGGCGCGGCAAUUUUCUGGUGGACGGUAAAGUAAAGAAGGCGAAGAAGCUAGCCAUGUUAGCCGGCGGAACGGGGAUAACGCCGAUAUAUCAGGUGGCUCAGGCGAUUCUGAAGGAUCCUGAGGAUGAAACAGAGAUGUUUUUGGUGUAUGCGAACAGGACAGAAGAUGAUAUUCUGUUAAAGGAAGAGUUGGAUGAGUGGACUAAGAGCGAUAAGAGGUUCAAAGUGUGGUACGUUGUGAAUGAGAGUGUAAGGGAAGGGUGGAAAUACAGUGUGGGAAUGGUGACGGAGAGUAUCAUGAGGGAGCAUCUCCCAGAAGCUUCGCCGGAAACGUUGGCAUUGGCUUGUGGACCUCCGCCGAUGAUUAAGUUUGCAGUGCAACCCAAUUUGGAGAAGAUGAACUACGACACUACUAAUUCGUUGUUGGUGUUUUAGCUUCCGUGGGGAACUGUAUAAGCCAAGUGUCAUUGUUUAAGAUGGUAGAUUUUUGGAUUUUUUCCUUCCCUUAGUUUGUGCUGUGAAAUAUGUUCAUAUAACGAUUUCCGUUUAAAUUAAUCGGAAUGUGUAUUGAAAAUAACAGUGUUUGCAUAAUUAAAUGUAUUACUUAAAAUAUUUUUGAAUU